AUGUCUGGGAAACAGAGCCAACACGGCUCUUCCCUGCUGCGUCGUCGGGCCAAACAUAUGCCAGGGACUUUGAGGCUCCGGAGGCUCACCCAGGCUUACCUUCAACCCUUUGAGCACCCGGAAAACACAACUCUUGUCUCCAAAAUCGACGCCGUUUAUGCAACAAGUUUGUCUAAUCUUAGUGUAGAUGGCGGUUUUUCUCCAGAAUAAGCUCCCUUUUCGAAAAGAAAAACCCGAAUUUAAUGGGUUGCGGAAUAAAAUGUAAAGAAAAAAUUCACAAAGAAUUUUUCAUUAGAAUUAUCAUUUUUGCGUCGAAAAAGGGCUUUUCAAUACUCUUAAAUUAUGAUGGCUUUCUUUUUGAAGUAACUCCAGGUUCCGAUAUAAAAAAUUAUUUCAAAAAAGCAAUAAGAGAAGAGCAGAUUUAUAGUUGAUUCACGGCGGACUUGAGCCAUCAAAAAGGUCCUGACACGAUAAAAAAAGAGACAAUAGUUGGUUGGCGGAGAGCACAGAUAGGCCACGCCCCUUCGCGUCCCAAUUUUUCUGCCUUAUAGCCAUCUUUGCACGAAAAAAGGAAAAAAGUAGGAAAAAUCACAGUAUAUAUAUCAUUUUCGAGCUCUUCGCUUCAAGACCUGCGACCUAAAAGUCUAUGGCAUUCGAGCCAGAAAAACCCAUGAAAAACUGCGGCGGAAUGAACUAUAACAAAACUCAGCUUUUAUUCCAGCGCAAGAGCUGAUUCUGAAGUAUCAAAGCGUGACGAGCGGACUUUUUCCUCGCUAUUCGAAGGACCAAGACGUCGGCUGCGUCAAGGACAGCAUCUACUGCGCCAUGGCUUGCUGGGCCUGUUCUGUAGCCUACAAGUCUGUAGUAGCCGUGCAAAAUGUGCAAAAUCAAGCCUUUUCAGAAGGCUCGACGAUGACCGCGGUCGUCAGACAGAACUCCGGCAGUCGGCCGUCAAAACCAUGCGGGGCAUUCUGUUCUGUUGGAUGCAGCAGAGCAGCACCGUGAGUGGAGCUUUGUGCUGGACUGAAUAGAAAGGUUUUUCUUUCCAGCUGGACGGCUUCAAAACCAACAAUUCCAACGAGUUCGCCCUGCAUGCGAGGUUCGACCUUCACACGGGCAUGUCCCUGACGACGCCGACCGACAAACGCUACGGACACCUUCAGAUGGACCUCAUCGCCUUGUACCUCCUCACCUUGGUCCAGAUGAUCUCCGCCGGCGUCAAGGUUUCCAAGAAGGAGUAGAUGACAAGAAAGCUCCGGAAAACAAGCCGGUGGAAAAUUGAAAACUAUAGAGAAGGAACAAGGGUCGAACUAAAUUAUCCUAGGAGUAGGGGUUGACUUACAAGAUUUACCAAAAACAGGUAAAAAAUGAUUCAAGAUCGAUGAAUGGUCUAGUUUGGAUCUCAAGGAGGUAAAUAUUGACUUUGAAACAUGAAGAUUUGAUAGGCACGGUUGGCAGCCUGAAAAAUGGUCUUCCCAAGUAUGUUUCAGAAAAGGUUUUCUGCUGAAUCGUCGAAUAAAUGAAGAAUUUUUAGUCGAUACCCGAAACUGUCGUUGAUCACAGCGCUAAGCGAAAAACUUACCGAUCAACCAAGCUGAAAAAAUUCUAGCUUUGAUAUUCGUACCAUUAAGAGUUUAGUUUUCCGAAAGUUACAUACAACUGCUAGGGGAAAUUUUUUAUUAACAAAAAAUCAUCAUGAGAUGCUUCUUUAUCAUAGAUUUCUCCUCGAAUUAUCGAAGUAUAGUCUUGGAAAAACAUUCAAGACGCUCUUUCCAGGUCAUUUACACGCAUCACGAGGUGAACUUCGUUCAAAACUUGGUUUUCUACAUCGAAAGGACUUACCGAACGCCGGACUUUGGAAUGUGGGAGCGCGGGACUCGCUACAAUAAUGGCAAGCCUGAACUGCACGCCAGCAGCUUGGGAAUGGUCAAAGUUCGUGGAUCAAGCUGAUUUUUUGGGGUAAAUUAUAUUUGUUAGGCGGCUCUGGAAGCCAUCAACGGCUUCAACCUGUACGGAAGUAAUGGGACGAGCGCCUCGGUGAUCUACGUCGAUAUUGAUGGCCACAACAGAAAUCGGACCACUUUUGAGACAAUUCUACCGCGCGAGAGUAACUCGAAGGUAAAAUGGAAAAGAGAAAUUUUUUUGUGAAAUUAUUCCUUUUGUCUAUAGCAAUGCGUUUCAAGAAAAAUAUCGCGCAAAUUUAAACAAUUUUUAUUUUUCACUGCAUUAUUAAACUUUGGUAAGUGUUUCUAGCGCUUUUUUGUAAUGAUUUUUUGUGCUAUUCAUAGAUUCUAAAGCCAAAUAGUGAAAAAAAAAAACUACUACCAAUUUUGCUUCGAGGUCGAAGAGAAAAAAUUUUGAGAUCGCAAAUUCAUUAUUCCAGAAUACGGAUGCUUCUUUACUACUGACUUUGGGCUGGCCUUCAUUCGCUACACACGACGAACAAUUAUUCGAAAAGACUGUCAAAAAGUGUAUCCGACGAUUAGAGGGAAGAUUUGGACUCAGAAGGUCUUUUUUAUUGAAAAAAAAAUUUGAAGUGUGGAAUGUGCAAUAUCGAGCUUUUUUAGAACAUUUCUUCAGUACUAACUUAGGAACGCCUGAGUGGUCUUUUUAGUGGUUGGGAAAAAAAAGCAUGAUUACAAGUGACGAAAGAGUGUUCCCUAGAGGGGUAAAAUUCAGUUGGUUCCUAUAGGGGUCUAAGGCCUGACUUCUAAGCCUCUAAGUCUUAAGUGACCCCUACAGUGGUCUUUCAAUCGUUUUUGCUCUGUUUUGAAAGUUAAAAAUACGUAUGAAAAAUAAAUAUAAGACCACUAAAAUGUAGCCCUAAAGUGUCCACUUCUGCAAGCUUUAGUGUCCUCUAAAUUGUAGGUAAGAUAGUCCCUAGAGGGAACCUUUAAUGGCUGUCAAGGCUGUCCCUCUGAGGACCACUCUGGGGUUCCUAGGAAAUUUUUAAAGAUAGUUAUUUAAUUAUUGAAGAUGUAAUAAUAAGUAUUUCUUGCCCUUAGAUUCCACCGCGACGGCUAUCGAAGCGAAUUGGAGGACAAUUCUCGGUGUUUCUACGACGAACACGAAACUGCCCAAUUUCAAGGCGUCGAAUCGCAGUUUCCCAUGUUUCUCGCCAUAAUUAGUCUCACUGGUUUGUAGCUCAAUAGUGAAUUAAUCCAAGUUCCGAAUCUCAGCUUACAUCCGUGGGAAUUCCGAUUAUGGAGAAGUCUACUGGAACAAGCUGCAGAAUCUGCUUGUUUCUGAUGAGAGCGGUUAGUUUGGUUGGGGAUUCUUGAGCCAAAAAAUGGAACGAAAAUUCUGGAGGAGUCGGAGAUUUUUAAAAAGUUUAUCUUAUGAGAUAAUCUUUGAGUAUAAACGUUAAUUUUUGUGAAAAGUAAGCUUUUUAUUUAAAGACUCAUAUAGUUUUUUUUUUUUUACAAUAAACGACUAGCUGGCCCUCUAGUGUGGCCACUUUUGUGAACUUUAGUGACCCCUAUGGGGGUAGGUUAGGUGGUCCCUAGAGGGAAACCUUGAGGAAUCACUUUUAAUUUUUUUUUUUUUGAACACCUGUAUAACCCGAUUAUACGCUGUAUAGAAGCCCACCUUAACGACAUAGAGAUAAGUUUUUGAGCACUAAUUAGCUCUAGUAGAGUUCGAAGGACACUUUGCAUCCCCAGUUAAGAUUUUUGAAUUUGGAAAAAUCGAUUUCAUCUUAAUGAAGGAAAAAGUCCAUUUCCUCGACAUUACAGUACCCGGAGGUUUCGUGGUGCCCGAGUGCUACUGCGUCGACGAGCUUCUGAUCGAGAAAGAGCGCUCGAGUCCCAACUCAACAGAUCUUUACGCGCUCGACCACCAGGAAUUUGGUCACCACCUGUGGACCAACGCCAUUUAUAUCAUCCUCAUGCUCAAACGUUUUUGGCCCUUCUCCUCGUUUUCUCAGUGUUUCCUCAGGUGGCGGACUUAUCCACAGCGGCGACAUCGAUCCGAUCAGUCGACAUCUACCCGCCAGCCAGCGACCCAAGCUUUUCAACCGGCAUUCGGCUUUUCAGGUUUGGAAAAAUGGAAGUAAUGUGCGGUAGGAAAAUCCCAAAUAUUAAGAUAAAUAUGUUACAGCCUUACCAAGACCACACUGAGAAUCAUGUAAGAAACUGUAGAAAAAAAAACGAAACCUCAGGUUCUGUCCAGACUUACCAAACUCUAGCAAGACUGUAGCUGCACUGAACAGAAUUUUCAUUUCUGAAAAAUGACCCUAGCUACCUGCAAGUUUCAAAGAUAAUCUUAAGGGUAGCAUGGAAGGAGACCCGGUGGUCCAGGUUGCCCUGAUUUCCGAAUCUUCUCGUCUCCAAAUGAUGCUCUCCACCUACGGCAUCACAACUCAGACUCCCCACGAAGUCGAACCCAUUCAGAUCUGGCCCAGCUGGCGCAUGGUCAAGGUCCUUUCUUCAUAUCUUCUCCUUGAGUUUUACUUUUUGUAUUCUCAGGUCUUUGAAUGCCUUGGAAGGGACAAGAAACUGGGGUUGAGCGGCCGACCGACGCGUCCAUUUGGUCCUUUGAGCACCUCGAAAGUAGAAACUUUUCAUUUUUUUUUAGCUCCUUGAAGACAUUUUUCUAGGUUUUCCGCGUUUUCGGCGAUACUGUUCUAUGUUUUCCGCUACUCUUUGAAGUCAAGGACUUCUACGUCAGUUCGGAUCCGGCGGUUCUCAUUGACGACAUCAAAGUGAGAAGAGUUUUGAGAACUAUUGAAAAAUAAGCUGCAAUAUUAUCCCGAUGUUGCCAAAAUAGUUAUUGAUUGGUUGAAAUAAUGGUCACAAAUCAAUAAUCGCAAAAAAGUUUAAAUAAAUCUUUUUUUUGAACUUUUUUGUAUAAAGAAAAAUAGCGCGAAGAGAGUUCGCUCACUAAUUUUUGCCAUUGUACUUGAUUCUCAGCGCGACAUCGAGUUUGUGGCGAAAAGAUGGAAGUUGGCUGGAAGACCGACGAUGUGCAUCGUCCUGAGGGAGGAAAACGUCGCCGGCGAGUAUUUCGACCACAUUCUCGACCUUCUGGUGCAACUCAAAAAUGGCCACGUCAACGGCAUCCGCGUCCGUCUUGGCCGCGUUCACGUAAUUCUUCCAAAUUAACUAUUCAUUCAUUUUUGAGCUUCAGCAAUUGCUCAACUCUUGCUGCAUCGAACACAUCGACUUUGCGUCUUCUGACGACGUCGAAUUCGACGUGGAUAUUCUGGAGGAAAACCAGGAGAAUCAUCAAAUUUUGUCCAGACUUAGUUUGAAAGAUGGCAUCGACGAUGAACAGACUCUUGAGGUAUUUUUAGGCUUGUUAAGAAUUGUUCUUUAAUUCUAAACCUAUUUCUUGAACUUCCCUUCAAAAAUUUCCGUUUUUAAAGUUUUAAUCGACGGUAAGCAAUUUUACAACCCGUCUCUGUAAUUUUGAAGAUUUCCCAAAAAAAAGCAGGUUUUUAAUUUUUGAUUCCGAUGAACUCAGUUUUAUGACGUCAGAAAUGGAAACGCAAUUUUUGAUCCAUUUCCUCUUACCGUAGUCGGGUUACUGUAGGCAGGGUAGACCUGUGUAACUAUUUAUUAAUUGGUUUUUCUUGUCCAUAGAACAACCGAUUUUCAGAGCAAUUUUAGGUUUCUCCAAGUACGUUACAUCAUGGGUUACUGUGGGUUUUUCGAGAUACGGUACUUUUUGUAAUUGAUAUUAUGGUUCUUCGAUAAUCCUCCCUGAUAAUGUAGAGAAAUUGAGUUUGAAGUUUGAAACAAGUUCUUGUGAAUUUUGUUUUGACGCCAGGAGAAGUCCUUCUAUCUAUUGUAUUAUUUUCUGUAGUUAAAAUAUGGCUUUCCUUCAAAAGCUCCAUACAAUUACCUUCAAAAGAACGUUCAAUGCGCUACAGACGGACGUUGCCGCCAAGUCUGACCACGAACUCUACGAGAUCAUCUCCAAAGACGACAUGGAACACCCGCGGCUGCUCGCCUUCGCCAUCUGGCAGCUCUGGUCGCGGACCAAUGCCGACUUGCUCGUCCAUAAUUGUAGGAUUCCUGCUCUUUCCAGUAAAUUACUGGAAUUUCAGUUACCCUCCGCGAAAGGAUGGAAAAGGUCUACCGUCGAUCCUGCCAGCUCCAUCUCUGGUUCUUGGUCCGUUACUGUGCUGGACGCCUUCGCAAGGCUAUGAACUCCUUGGCGCCGGCCAUCACCAACAUGCUGGUCCGCGGAAAACAGGUAAAUGUCGGUCGAACCUUGGGCACUACUAUCUAGAAUUUGUCAACCUAGUACGCUAUCUAUCUCAUUAAGACGAAUUUUUCAAUUUGCCGUUUUUUUCUUAUUUCAUAACAAAGUUCUAAGUGACUUCGGAUUCCAGUAUUCCAAAUAAAAACCCAAAAGGACAAGUUUUGAGCAUCUGCUGGAAGUUUGCUAAAAUGGACUGAAAGUUCGUAAACCUGGGGUGUUAAAAAUAAUUACCACGUUCUGCCGUUUAACCGAGUUUUUAAGCUUCAAAAACGCUUGAAAACGUGAUUUUCUCUACAGCAAUGGUACAAUAUGAGCUUUGAGGCUUUUAUAACUUUAAAAAACUUUUUAAAUCACUAUUUUUCUCUUUGAGGGUCCCUGAAAGUCGUAGCGUAUUUCAAACGAAACUAAUUUUGAAAGGCUCGCUUUUUUUCAUGUCCUUGUCAAAAUUGAAAGAUCUGUCAUAGGAUUGGUAGCGAUAAGAAGCCCUUCUGAAGCUCUUUUCUGCACUUCAGACCCCCAAUUUUUAACUCAGGUAACCUUGGGCGAACGAGGAAAAGGUACCCGAGAAGUGAGUCUUCUCCGUCCGAUUGCCCCAGCAGAACUCGUCUCUCUGCUUUUCGAGUGUUGUCCUUCUGACAAGCCUCAGGUCGCCGUUUUCCAUCAGGAACUCAUCAGCGCCUGCUCCGACUUGGUUGGCUCAGAGUAAUCCAAGGAGUCAUCGCUCUUCAGAUGUCCCACGACCCCGCUGCCUUUGAUGGAGUCCUCACCAUUCGACUUUCGUGGCUCUCUGAGGCGAUCGCCAUGCUUCUUAACUACGUCCGGACCACUGGCGCGAUGAAAAUUGGCGGUAUUGGCGCUACGCCGCCGACUCCACAUACUACUGGAAUUCCUCAGUCUGGUAGGCGAAAAACUUCAAAUAAACGGGUCUAUUAUAUAAGAAAUCAUGUGAAAAAUCUGAAUAUCGAUGAAUUUUUCAAAGUUGAAAGAAUGGUUAUAGUGACCCGACGAUCACAGAUCCUAGAAGUCAAGGGUUUUUUUUUUCAAAUCCGAGAAAGAAGAUAAUAAAUUAUUAGGCUUUCCCAUAUUUCAUCUACUUCCCAAUCAACUAGAUUUGCUGCUUUUUCCAGAAUUCAAGAAGACGUGCAUCUACGACCUCUCGCCGACGGUCGUCAAAGACGUCGUCAGAGCCCUCAUGACCCGCCACAACUGGCAUCUUCUGUUAGUUUCGAUACCAGAAAUGAAAACUCUGGCCUUUUGAGGACCCCCCUCCAAACUCGACGCUUGAAUGGUGCCUUGAACCGGAUGCCCGUCAAUUUCUACGACCGCGUCUGGAUGAUUUUGGAGCGAUCCAAACAUGGAAUUAUCAUCGCUGGACAGUUCCUUCCACAGGUCUUUGUAGCUUUGAAUUAUCUUUGGAUCAACCACUGGCUACAGAAAAUGUUUGAGAGUAUGAAAAGAAGAGAAGUCUGUGAAUUAUUUUUAGGCAAGCGAUGAAUGGACAAAAUUUUUAGGUUCCUGGAAAUCAAGUUAAAAGUGAAAUAGAAGCAAAAAGGAGCUUCUCAUCGAAAUAACUCAUUUUCUUUGAAGAAUUUCAACUAAACUUUAUUCCGAUGGAAAACUUGAUUUUACAACACGAGCGCGUUUUAAAAACAUAGCAUUGAAGAAAAAAACAAUUUCUAAAUUCUGGCCAUUUUUCCCCAUUUUCCAGUGAAAACCUACCUUUUUUCUCAAUUGUGUCUCAAUAUAGAAUGUCUCGAAUGUGACUUCUUUUAGCUUUUCAAUCAAAUUGAAGCUUUUUUCGUUUUGGGGCUUUAAGAAAGUUAAAAUUAGGAUUCUUUUUUCGAUUCUCAGUUUGACGUACCAGUUUUUGGCUUCGUCUAAAAAUGUAUGGAAUUUUGAACACGCUUUUGAAUGAUUUUUGUUCUAUAAGUUGGAAAAGGAGGAAAUUUUGGUUCAAAAAAUCAAAAAGUUAGUCCUGUUUUUAUCGGUUUAAAAGCAGCGAAACAUCCUAUUUCUGAGCGAUUUCAAGGUUUCAUAACGCAAUCAAUCGUAGCAAAUUCAAAAAAAAACAUGAGAAUUUUUAAAUAUUAUUGUUUUUAAGGAUUUAGUCCAAACAUAUCAGCCCUUUCAUGACAAAUAAAAAACUUUGGUGAAAACAGAAAAAAAAAUGAAAAUUGGCGAUACGCUUUGUCCAUAGAGCAACUUUACUGCAAAACACGCUUUUUGCUCUUUCAUUUCGAAUUUUUUUUUAGUUUUUGAAAAUAGAAAAUGUUGCACGUUUACAAGUAUACCGUUUGACACUCAGUGAAGAGUUCUACAAAUAGCCCAUUUUUCUCAAAUCCCAAUUUUCACUGCCCAUAUACCUUCGACUUUCAUAAUCUUCUCAUCAAAAAGAUGAGUCUUUGAACUUCUAGCCAUUUAUCUAUUUAGUUGGAUGAGAGUUCUUCUGGAGUCUUUUUCUGUUGAAAGGUUGCAUGAACUCAUUUAUUAAUCCGCUUCUUCUACAAUUAGUGAUGUGAGAUAAUCCCCGAAUGGCAUUUCAUACAUUUGAUAAUAAGAAGAUUAUCCGUUGGAUCGCCCUAAAUACUAUUUUGAGUAGGCGACAUAUUGUAAGCUUUGAACUUUUGAGACAGCUCGACAAGAAAUUCUCCAAAGAAUUCCUGAAGCAGGAGGAAAUUUCGAAGAUAAAUGUCAAGUAACUCGAUAAUUUGACCACAUUUCCGCAUGUCACCAGACACCCCAGAAAGAUUAACUCUUUAUUUCACCUUAUUUUGUUUCUGACAUCGUCAGAGCUUCCGAUGAAUAGCCUGCUGGCGUCAGACACGUGGGCCUCGGCCGAAAACAAAUUUGCUCACCUUUCAAUGAUGAUUCAAUUGAGAUUUAAAAGAGCCAAAUGCUGUAAUUCGAGCCAAAAAAAAAAAUGGAUUUCAAAAAUAAUAAUAAAGAAACGAGGUGUUGGUACAACUUAAUUUCACAAAAAACGAACAAAACUUGGAGAGAAAACUUUUUUCUCGAGCUAGGGCGAACCUGACGCGCCCCUGCCUUUCUGAGCAUUUCAAGUAAUCACUUAAGAGUGCUAACGCCGCUAAAGCGAUCCCUAGAACUGCCUAAAAAUGUCCACGGUUUGAGUUUUUCUUCGUUUUCGGACCUCGGUAACGAGAUCCGCGCCAGACUUUUUGAGCAAUAUAGGAUCACUUAAGAUUACUGACGCUACUAAAGUGGUCACUAGAAAUUUUCAGAAACGUCCGGGGCGCUUUCGAUUCGUGGUACCGUGGUCCGAGUAUCUGUCAAACUAAAAAAAUCUUUUGAAUUAUUCGAGCAACUGCGCCCAAGCAAUAAACCGUUAAAGCGAAUUUCCGAGUUUUUUUUUUCUUUCUUUUUUCAAAGUUUAUAAAGCAGUUAUUUCAAGAGAGAAUGUCAAGUUUGCUAUUCAAUUUUAUUCAAAAUUGAAUAAGAUUCAAAAUUGAAUAAGAGGAAAGGCUGAAAAUGAAAAUAAUUUUCUUGUAGCAACCGACGUUGAGUGACAUGACGCGUUUCGAGCUCACGUUCUCCUACAAAAUCGAGUCGAUGCUCAGUUUGAUUAGCCAUCCUGAGUAUCGUCAGCUGCUUGUGGAGGUUAAAAUCCACUAUUUUAAGUUAAAACGUCUUCUUUAAGCUUUUGUCGAUUGUGGCGACGAUUCUGGAACGCAACCACGAGAUCAUGUUCAAGAGCGCGAAGAUCGAUUGCGAUGAUGUGAGGGUUGAAGAUUUUUAAAAAAAGUUGAUUAUAUUUAGAGAAUAAGCUUUGGUAUUGUUUAGAUAAACUGUGAUAUUCUGAAAAAAACAGGUUCUAAAAUUUCUUGGAUGCCCUGCAAUCAUGAGGGGGAAGAUAAUCAAUUUAUCAUAAUUUUGAAUAAAAUUACUUUCAAAGCUCUACUGAACGAUGUAAAUUGUUUCUAGAUUGAUGAGAGAGAAAGUUAACAAUAAUGAAAAGAAAAAGUGCUUUGAAAUACUAGUCAGUUUCAUUUUCCAGUUGAUAAAACGGGCGUUCGAGCUGUACGCGACGCAGGAAGGCAUCAAGGACAAGACGGACCUCACUCCGUUCUACCAACUUGAGAACCAGGCUCUCACCACCUCCACGGCUACUUAUCUCACCAGAGUUGGUUUUCCUAGGGUUGAAAACUUUCAAAGGCUAGGACUGGUGGUAAUAACAUCUUUUUUGAUUAUGAGAGGCAAAGAUCAUAUUUUUAAAUUGGAUAUUUCUGGGCUCAAAAACGAUGCUCAGGCUAAUUUCAAAUCAAUUUCGGACUCUCUUCCUAUUCAUAACUUUGCGAAGGCCUCUAAAGCUUCCUGUUACCGUAACCCGUAUAUUUUCUAAAGCUUCCAUUGACAUUGUGAGUUGAGAAUACGUCACGCGCACACGUGGCCUCUCUUUUCUUCCAAAAGAUUUGAAGGCUUCACGGAAAAAGAGUUUUACCUGACGUUCUGUUUUUUUUUUUCUGUUUUGUGAGGCUUCAUUAGGGCGAAGAUUAAGAUCUUUCGUUCUAAGAAGAACAAAAACUUUCUUAUGACAGUGGAGGAUCUUUAAGGGCUUCUUCGUAUCAGUGUCAUAGGCGAAACUGGAAGGCUGCAGAAUGGAACUUGAAAGAUUAUCUUGAAAAAAUGGUUUCUUUCGGGAAGCCAUUUUACAUCUUUUUAUUCCACUUUGCAGCCUUUUUUUGAAAAUUGUUGCAAAAAGACUAGAAAAUUAGAUGUUUCUGUGGUGAUUUUUGAAACGCUAGUGAUUCUUCCGAUUCUCUCAGGGAUUAAUUAACCUUCAAAGCAUGAAAAACGUCACAUACCUGCGAAGAAAGAAAAAGGUAGUAAAUUUUCAAAAUCCAAAACAUCACACUGAAUUUUUUUGGAGUUUUUCAAUACCUUAACACUUUAUCCUGUAAAAAUAAGUUCAAUACUCGAUUCAGUGCUAUUUUUAUAAAAUUACUUCUUAAAAUGUAUUCUCACUAAAGCGAAAAGCUGAAAAAAACCUUUACAGCAGUCCAAGCUAUUGAACCCGGUUUCAGACCGUUGUCGAGUUGAUUCUGAGUGGCCGACACUUCUCGCAGAUGAUCAACAUCUUCGGGCCGAACGUCAACGCCGAAGAGCGCUUCCGAGAACGUUCCUCCAACUUCAGCUACAACAAGAGCGGACCUGGCUCCAGUGGAACUGUGACGCCGAAUACCACGAAAAGAGCCUCAACUCCGACUGAUGAUUGCAAUGUCCAAUAG